GUUAGCCUCGCUACCCCAGGGGUUGGCUUGGUCGGUUAGCCUCGCUACCCCAGGGGUUGGCUUGGUCGGUUAGCCUCGGUACCUCAGGACUUGGCUUGGUCGGUUAGCCUCGCUACCCCAGGGGUUGGCUUGGUUGGUUGGCUUCAGUAUUCCUGGCGUUGGGUUGGUCAAUUGUGAAGGAAUGAUUUCAUGAGUCUUCUUUGUUUAAUUGCAGUCAGGCCUGCGCUGAUGUGGAGUCACAGAUGCAGCAGGAUGGCCCAUGCCAGUGAUGUCUGGAAAUACGUAACCAGGAGAGAUGAUAAAACAGUUGUGUGCAACAUCUGCAGGAAGGAGCUGGUCACUUCUGGCAGUGCCACUGUCCUCCGAUUACACCUGGAGAGGAACCACCACGUUCACUUUACAGAGGAGGCUGACCACAAUAAACUGCAGGGAGAGCCCAGGACCGAGCGGAUCCCUGGUAUCCUGUCCACUAAGGACAGGGUUCCUAAAAUCACACAGCUGAUUGGGAUAGACAAUCCUGCAACCCUGACAACGCAAAGCAGCAGCAGCAGGAUAUCGGAGAUGCUCCGAGAGUGUGCAGCUCAAUUGGAGACAGAAGAAGACCAGGAAAUCUAUCCCUUUGCUGGAAUUGGUGAAUCCUGUACUGCAUUAGCUGAAGAUGAACUCUCCAUGGUCCUGCGAUCUUAUCACCUGGCCAGAGAUGGGAGUGUGGGCUCCCGAAGGAGGAAGGAAACUGAGCUAAACUUCACACAUGCCUCACCGGUGAGCUGCCAAGAGAAGUCGCAAACGUGGGACUUCUUCAAGAAGUUGAACGAGCGUUGUGUGGAGUGCAGCCUCUGCCGAAAGCAGCUGUGCUAUCACAACAGCGCAACCAGUCUGCGGGAGCACCUGAGGCGCAAACACAACCUCAGUGAGCUCGACCUUCGCCAGUCGCAGGAUGAGGGCUCUUCCUCCUCAGAGUCCAUGGGCCAGGAACCUGAAGUGAAGAAGAACAAGCCCGUGAGCAUCUCUGAGCUGGUCCUGCACGAUGCCAAGGCAUGCCCUGAGAAAAGAGAGGAGGUGAUCAGCAAUCUAAUCCUGGGUAUGGUUUUUCGAGAUCUUCAGCCGAUCUCUGUCGUCAACAAUGAGGGCUUUAAAAGACUGCUUGGUUUUCUGGAGCCAAGCUAUAAAAUCCCGUCGAGCAUGCAUUUAACCGCAAGCCUGAGACACAAAUAUGCGCUUGCCAAGUUACAGCUGGAGCACUACCUACACUCUGUCCCCUCUCUGACUCUCUCGACUGACACCUGGACUUCACAGGGCAAGCAGACCUACCUCACUGUUGUGGGGCACUUCAUUGACUGUCGCUGGCGCUUGGCACGCUGCGUUCUCAAAACGAUCCCCCAGUACAACCCAGCACCGGAUUACAUCGGCGAGCUGCUCUACUCCAUCAUCAGUGAGUUUGGGGUCUCCUGCAAGACUGUGAACUCGGUGGUGCACGAUAGUGCGGGCAGCCUGAUGAGCAGCUCCCGCCUGCUGCAGGAGCGCUUUGGCUGGUCCAGUCUGUGCUGUGCUGGCCGCAUGCUGCAGCUGAGCAUUAAACUGGGACUGCAAGUGGAACAGGUACAGCACACGCUGAGCGUUGCCAGGCGCAUCGUCAACCACUUUGUUCACAGCGCCCGUGCAAAUGUGGAGCUCAGCACCAAGCUGGCAGAGAUGAACAAAGAGAGGCUGGUGUUGGUCAUGGAUACUGCUACUCGCUGGAGCAGCACCUUUGACAUGUGCGAGAGGCUGUUGGAAUUGCGAUGGGCAGUGAGCAUGGUGCUGGAAGAGGAUCGAACUGGGCACAUGACUGUUCAGAAUCUGUCUGACCACCAGUGGAAACUUCUGCAGGAUCUGCUGCCUGUACUGAAGACUCUCAAAGUAGCAUCAUCUUUCCUCAGUGAAGAGCACAAUGCUUCUGUGUCCUCCUUGUUCCCAUGUCUUCAUGGGGUGAUGACAGCUCUCAUGCAGCACCAUGGUGACCCAGGCUGUAUCGUUAGGGCAGUGAGUACAAAGAUCAGGACGGAGAUCGCUAAGCGGUGGCGUCUCCCUGACGACGAUGAGAUGAUGGACAGUCCAGCCAUCGUGGCGUCCUUUUUAGAUCCUCGGUUCAAGGAUCUUCGCUUUCUGAGUGCAGACACACGCGACAAGGUCCACAACAAGGUGAAGAACAUGCUGUCCAGCGCUGUGACCAGCUCUCGGUCCCGUUCGUCCAGCUCCUCCUCAGACGAGCACAGUGUCUCAGACCACCAGCAAGGCAGCAAGCAACGUAGUCGCAAGGCAGGGCGCAGACCCAGCCAGUGUGAGUAUGACCUCCUGUUUGGUGAAGAUCCCAUUGAGCGGAUGCCGGAGAUUCAUCAGCAGCUGGAGAGCUACCUGGCGGAGCCCCUGCGGAAACGCAACACCAAUCCCUUUGAUUGGUGGAAGAAUAAUGAGCAUCGGUUCCCGGCGGUAGCCAACCUGGCUAAACAGUACCUGGCCAUUCCUGCCACCUCUGUCUCUGCUACUAGAGCUUUCUUCUGUUCCAGCAGCGUUCCAGACCAGACCAGGUCAGCUCUGUUGCCAGACGACAUUGAUCAGAUACUGUUCCUGCACAAAAACUUUGAUUAUAUCGAGUCACUAAAGAGAUACAGACAGUGAGGCGCCAUCUGUUUGUGGACCCGAGCUUCCUGCAGAUGUUCAAGGACAGAUUUCAUUUAUCGUCGUCAACGUUUCCUGGGGUUCCUUCAAAUCAUCCGCUAACUGGUUUGUCCCAUAAGACGUGGAUGCAGACGUAAGUCACUCGUAGGCAUUGUGGCUGACCUGAUCAUCCUUAAUUUCACUUUCCUGACAUUUUCCCCAAAACCCUUGGUUCCUUUUAAUGAUUAGUGUACUCCAGACUAAGAUGGAGAGACUUUUAUUGACCUUGCCUUGACAGCUGUCUGCAGUGAAGAAUUCCACACAUUCACCAUCCUUAGAAAGAGGAAAUUCCUCCUCCUCCUCUCUGGUUCAGAUGGCUGGCCGUUUUUGUUCUGAGAUUAUACGCCUGGUCUGACACUGCGACAAGGGAAAAACAACCUCUUCCACAUCUACCCUGUCAACCCCCCUAACAGUAUUAUUUGUCAAUGAGGUCGUCUCUCAGUGCUUCCAAACUCCAGUGAGUACAGGCCCAACCUACUCAACCUCUCCUCAUAAGAAAAGCUGUCUGUACACAAGAUUGUCCCCUUCGGUGCUGACUGUCAAUGACCUUCAAUUCUUUCCAGCUCCAGCAACCUUUUUUCAGUAAUGUACCAGGACUUCAUAUGUGAACCGUGGCAGUGAUUGUUGCCAGGCAGAUCAACUAGGGCAGCCAUCACAGCUGAGGCCAAUCUUCUCCUCCUGAGAUCUGUGAAUAUUGACAGGGAAUUGGAAACCGGGCUUUUUUGUGCUCCCUGAUAAAAAGGAGAAUUGAAUUCCUGACCUCCAACUCACCCAGGGUGUGUUCAGAAAUGGGCUUUAUUAGGGUAAAAGGAUUCUCAACCAAAAACCCCUUAAUAUCUGUUAAUUAGGUUUUUAGUGUCUAUGGCCCUUGGUGAAGGAACUGUAAGAACCUACAUUUUUGUAAUUCUUAUCACCUCCUUGGGCCUUCACAAGUGCUUUAAAGCCGUAGAAGGGUUUUUAUUUCCCAGAAGAAGUGUGGAGGCUGGUACAAUUACAGCAUUUAAAAGGCAUCUGGAUGGGGACAUGAAUAGGAAGGGUUUGGAGGGAUAUGGGCCAAAUGCUGGUAAGUGGGACUCAAUUAGGUUAGAAUAUGGAUGAGUACAUCUCUAUGACUCUGUGUUCUAAUGUGUAAAAGCAGUGAAAUCCAGCCAGUGGGAGUGCACAGCAAGAACCCACAUGCAGCAUUACCUAGCCACACUAAACAGAAUUUAAAACCUCAAGCUUAUAACUAAAUCAGAGAUCCAGUUUGACUGUUGCAGUGAUCAAUGAUUUCCUAACAUGACACACUCUGAUCCCGUCAGCUUUUCUGCGACACUCAUUGCCUGACUCUCGCUGAGCAAGCACCUUUUUGAUUUUUUUUACAAAAGGCCCGCUUCGGGAGAACAUUAGGAGCCCCUGUCUUCGCCCAGAUUGUCGAAAGAUCCUAGUAACCCAGGAGCUGGCCGGAGCUGGCAGCAGUAAUGGGCCAGUGGAAGGGAUAGAAUCAGAUAGACUGAAUGGUCAGUCCCAGACUGAAUCAGAGUGUGCUCCUGGGAGGGGGAGGUGCAAAGGGAACAAAAGGUUGAAAUUUGAAAAGAGCUGCUUGUAAAAUGGACACUGACUGCAGUGUCCCAAACUGAAGGAGGGCAGUUAACUGUCUCCUCGUUCUCCAUACAUUUCUGUUUCAGGAAAUUGGAGAGGAACUGCAAAAGGAAGUCAUAACCAGCUAGCUUCCACAGAGUUUCAUGAGUUAUUUGCUGUUAUUUGCAUGAUGAAUAUACAAACACCAGAUUAUCUCCAGCACUACCCUCCCUUUGUGAUUCCGUGAACUCGUGUGUUGCUUCAAAGCUGUGCUGGAGUGGGCAGCGGAGUGGGAUUCUGACAGGCAAACUGUGGGUUAACCCUGUUCCAUGUAAUUUAACUCAUAACCUGUCAUCCCAUGGAUUUUGCUUGUUCUUUCGUGGGAUGUGGGCUUCGCUGGCAAGAUCAGUAUUUGUUGCCCAUCCCUAGUUUCCCUCACACUGAAUG